UCAUCAUGAAAGUUCACAUUUUCAUGCUUAUCGUCGUCAUUUCAGCUUUCAGUAAUGUUGCUUUCUCAGCUCCUUUUUCUAAUGAGAAACACUCAAUCCUGGCGGAAAGGCAAUGUCCUAGCUGCCCGUGUGGUGUUGAAUGUUGUGUUGAUUGUGCUGAUCCAAUUUGUUGUGGUUAA